AACACUGCGACGGUGGAGCAUCGUCGCCAUCGUAAACAAAGAUUUGAAUCAUGUUUUGGCCUCUAAACUUUGCCAUUUCUUCCGACCUUCCAAUUUCCCACUGAAUUCGGACAAGAUGACCCGCAGGUCGCCCAGAAUUUCGAACGAGAAUACAGAUCAACGUGUUGUUGGAGACUGUGAUGGUUUGUCUCUGAAUAACGCUUCCCCUGUAUUGCGAAGGCGUUCGGCAGCUCAGGCCUCCACAUUGCCCUCUCCAGUGUUCGUGAGGAAACCCGCCUUGUACAGCAGAAACCAGAAGAAGUUUGGUGGUAUUACAAAAAGGCGACUUCAGCCAGCGCUUGAAUUUGGAUCGCCUGUCCUCAGCAGGAGGACAAGGCCAUUGCAUGGUGAGAAGAGUGUGGUCGGUGUGAACAGUCAGUGGGUCUUCUCUGAUGAUUCUCCUGAAGCCAAGGCACUCCUGGCAGUUAAAGAUGGAGAGCAAGAGUCGUUGAAAGCUCGUCCCUUACGCGAGAGGAAGAACGUCGUCAACGGCGGGAAUGUUGGUCCGAAAGCUUCAGGGAGGAAGCCGUCCUUAGCGCCUGAUACCAUGAGCAAGGAAAAUAUACAGCCUGUGAGAAAAUCAGGCAGAACCAAGAAGCUUCCAGCUAGGCUAGUACUGUAUACCCUUCCCUCGAAAGCUGAACCUGCCAAAGGAGUAUCGACAAAGGGCAAGAAUAAGACAGUCCAAAGUACACCAUGUGUAGAUAUGCAGCCUGGCGAGUCUGUUUGUAGUGGCAGUGCCCCUGUGAAGCCUGUAACUGCACAGGUUAAAAAGCGUGGGCGUCCGCCAAAAGUCCAAAAUACUAAAGAGAGUGAAGGUCCAGAGUCACACCCCACUGUGCAGACUUCAGUUGAAGAGAGCAUUCCCAGUGAAGUGAGUGUUCAGUCGCAGUCUUCAGAGAACACCACUGUACUCACUCCACGUCUGAGUAAGAGGGAAACUUUAAGACAGAUGAUUCUGAAUGGUACUCUCACAAGCCAGAAGAAUUCAACAGAGAGCGAGCCAAGUGAAUCCCGUGCGGAAGGUGAAAAAAUGCCGGAAAUGAGACUUGCAAGCAAGUCACGUGCAAGGAAACAAAAAUCUUCGGAACCGAAGUUGCCUGUUGCAUCGGCUCCAAAAGCACAGGAGUUGACGGAACUCCCGCUCAAUCAAAAUAAUGUUAGGGCCGGCAGGUCAAGACGUCAAAUGGAUCAAACUGCAAGUGCUGUUGCAACAGGAAAAGCCAAGAUGUCUGAUAGUACUUCCAGCAAAGAAAAUACUGGGCCGAUAGAACCUGCAGGUGCCACAGAAAUGCGGACUAAAUGUGGGUCUGUUGCUACCAAAUUAACAUCACCCAGAACAGGUGUAGUAAUUAACUUGGAACAGCAUGAUCGUAGAUCAGGAAAUUCUUGUGUAGUGAAGAAGAAACCACCCAUCUGGAUCGCAGGCAGUGGGACACCAGCUGACAACAGGAGACAGUCAGUGAGAAGGAAAUCACACCUCUAUGACUUUUCAGCGAGUCCAAUCAAAAAGGGCAGCAAGAAGCCUAAGAGGCAGUACAAACCAAGAGUGAGAACUAAGGACACAAGACAAAAGUGCAAACUCAAGUCCGUGCUUGUAACGGAUCCAGAAUGGGAGAAUCCCCUGGUGGUGCCUUCUGGAGGAGCCAAGAGCACAUCACUUAGCAGUGGAGCCGGGAGAGAGUCCGUCAGGAGCGUGACUACCACGGAGAACAUUUUCAACGACGAAUUUUACGCUCAGAUGAACAGCGCCAUCUCGGAGGAUUACACGAGCGACAACGACGUCUGCGAAAGGGACGAAGGCAGUGUUUUUGAGAUGUUUGAGGGCGAGACGGUGAGUUCCUUCAUCCCUUCCCAGGGAAUGGAAAGUUUAACUGUACCGAUGGUAUCAGUCAGUGGACACCCAACUCCAGCGAUACGAAAGCAGAUUGACAAGCACUUGGGGUCCUCUACCCCCAGGGUAGAGACGCUGAGUUUUUCGUCGCCCGAGCAGCCGGUAACUGUGCAAGAUGACAUUGCGCAGUGCUUUGGUUUUGAAAAUGACAGCAGCGAUCAUUCGUCCUUAAACUUGUCCCCAGUAAGACAGUCUGGGCAACAAUCGCAGCUACACCUGACAUUCAACUCAGAAAUGACAACCAGUAUCAAUCAUUCGAACAGUCAGCCCUACAGAUUUUCCUGGGGCGUUCUGCGACCAGGUAAUCACAGUUACUCCUCGAGCCGUUCGUCCAGCAUGGUAGUUCACGGGAGAUCAACAAAUGCGUCAGCGUCUUUGUCGAGUGCUUCUGUUGGCUCACACCAGAAUGUGACUCACCCACUCCAGAGCGGCAAGCACGGAACGACAACCGCAAAGGUUAAAGCUCAAGGUAGGCAGAAGCUCGCUCUCCAGAGAAGCUUGCGAGGAAACCCUCAGGUUAGGGGUAAGGCAGCUAUUGCAAGCAGCAGCAGCAGCAGCCAGGAUGGGAACCACAACAUUUCGGCCUUGUUUGACGAGGAGGAUGAAGAGGACGAGAACGUCGAGUCUUGCGCUCCAGUAAACGAGGUUGCUCCCGUCCAACGCUCUUCAGCUGACAUUCGGUCGUAUCUCUCUGCCAAUCUCAGGCGAGUUUCUCCUGAGAAAUCUGCCACCAAGCGUUCCCGGAAGUCCUAUGACAGGAAAGCCUUGCUGGAAGCGAAGAAGAAGUUCGAGAAGGAGUACGGAGGUGCUGCAACAACCGAAGCAGAGACGGAGGAGGAUGUUUCGGUGCAGAAAGAGCCACCCAAGCGGAAGAAGAAGGUGACGCGCAAGAAAGUUGCGAAGAAGCAGAAGGUCGCCUCCAACGACGAGACGACAGAAGGGUCACAGAUAUCAGAAGCUGCCGUUGCUGGGAAGCCCAGGACCAAGAAGCACGUGGGUCCCAAAAAGAAGAAGGAAAAUAGACUUGAGAGAUCAAUUCAAGAUUGGGCCUCAAGUCUGAACUCCCACUUCAGCGAGAUAGAAGACAGCGAAUUGGUCGUCUUCUAAGGGCUUCUUUGUCACGUCUCCUCGAUUUUCAAGACUCGAAGUACAAAUUUAAGAAUAGGGUCGUCUUGUAUCAUUUGUAGAAUACAGUGCAACAAAGCUAAAACUUUAUAAUAGGUGAUCUGAAAUUGAAAAUUUAUUUUCGCACAUAUUUUCGAUUUGCCAUGAGUUCCAGUUUGUUUCAGUGGUCAUAAGUUUUGAUUUAAUUUUGUUUUCCCUUAGUGUUUGGAUUUAUACCUAAUUGCACCACCAUCUUCACCAGCUGAAUUGUUUUUGUAGUAAUUCCAGAAAGCUGUACUAAUUUAUUUUCAGUUGCUUUACAUCAGUUGUCAUUCAUGUGUUUACUGUAAGUGUUCUCUUGUACCUAUUUUUUUUGUCAUAUUUACAAAAGUUUAAUGUGAUGUACAUAGUUGUUUCAGUUUUAUAGUUUUUAUUUAUCUCUCUCUCUCUCUCUCUCUCUCUCUCUCUCUCUCUCUCUCUCUCUCUCUCUCUCUCUCUCUCUCUCUCUCUCUCUCUCUCUCUCAGUUAGAUCUCUUACUCGAGAAGUUAUUAAUUUGCUAUUUGUAAUUUCUAGAAAGUUUUGUUUUCCUUUUGCAGGCUUUUAAGUUUUAAGGUUUUGCUUCUGUUUUUAGUUUAUGGGAGGCUGUCCGAUGGGAAGCACGUGGCUCAUCGUUCACUCUCUUCCAGAGAGGUCCAUAGCAUAUUGUCUGCCCUGCAAGCAACUGCAGACGUUACAUGGUCGCUUAUUCUCUUCCAGAGGGACCCAUAGCACAUUGUCUGCCCUGCAAGCAACUGCAGACUUUACAUGAUUGCUUAUUCUCUUCCAGAGGGGUCCAUUGCACAUUGUCUGCCAUGCAAGCAACUGCAGACGUUAACAGAAGGUUCCUUGUGUCCUCAGAAAAAGACACAUGCAUGGGAUCUUUCAUAAUCUCUUUUAUUUAUGUGUUCAGCAUUUCCAGAAAUCCUAGCAGAAGUAAUUAAUCUCAUUAAGUUACUAGUACUUUUGGUCCCCUAAUUCCUUACAGUUGCAAACACAAAUCUUUCGGUGUGAAAUGGAGAACGAUUAGAAUAACCUAUAUUAGGUUAAGAGUGUAAGUAGUGGUACUGUGUAUAUAGUUUUUAAUUUGCAUCUCUGAAUUUUGUUCUUGCAUUGCCAAGUGUGCUUGACACAAUCACAGGGAAGAGUAAUAUUCCCUAUUACUGUAAUUGUGCGUCAUGUUUUAUGUAUAUUGCUUGAGUAUAAGAUGGUACUAAUUUGAAAUUUAAAUUAUUUUUCAUGUCAAGAAAAUUUACAAUGAUAAACUAAAGGACUUUGACCCUUGAUGUUAUGCUGGAUUUUACAUAUUGAUAACCAAAAAUUAUUGUUCCCAGUCUAUUAUUUUUAAAUGUUGGUUAAGAAACAUUAGGAAUUUAUGUUAUUUAUACUUGUAAUUUUCAAAAUAUUGAAUGCCAGCCUCGUACGAGCUGUACAAAAUCAUUUGGUGUGGUAUCAUGGGUCUAGGGAGAUGCUUUAUGGAUGGUAAUUAAUCCUCUUCAAACUAUAGAGUUCAGAAUCUAACUCAAAAGUUUGGGCGAGUCGAGCUUCAUAAUGCUGUAUUUUUUUUCUAUUUUUAAAUGUAAUUCCUUGAUGUUACCCUCAACCUAAACUGUAACUCCACCAAUGCCAGGUGCAUUGUGGGGUAUGUAUGAAAUUCAGAUUUAUUUUUGUACUGUAGGUAAUCACACUUGUAGAAUACAUACUAACUUAGAAUUGUAAUUUUUUUUUUUUUACGUUAGUUGCAGUAAUUUUUUUUAUUACCUUCUCUCGUAUUUGAGAAAUAUUGUCACGUCAUGACAAUCUUAGAUUAUGAAGAACAAACUUCUUUUUUUUUUUAACUUUUUAAUUUCCAUUUGAAUGGCAGAAGGUUAAUGUACGUUUUAGUUUAAUAAAUUUGUAAAUAAA